AUGUGGACGUUUUCUUGGCUGUGUGCCAUUUUAAUUAUUUUGGCUUUUGCUGGUAUGGACACAGUAGCAAAGACCACACCGCAUCCCAAAUUUACGAAGAAAUCUGAGGGAAAAGAGAUGCCGAAGGGUCUAAAGCCGUCCAGUGGCCCACCUCCAGAAGAAGAGGAAAUGCCUUUCACAGAAGUGGCUGAAAUGGUGGAACCGACCCCCAACCCCCCAGCCCUAGAUUCUGCCUUCGGUACUGCCACUCUCUUCCCCUUUGAAAACUUCACUCUUGACACGGCUGACUUUUUUCUGAAUUGCUGUGAUUGUUGUUCAUCUGUCCCAGGGCAAAAAGGAGAACCUGGAGAGACUGGAAAGCCAGGUCUUAAGGGAGAGGCUGGUGGAAUGGGGAUCCCAGGGCCACCAGGAAUUGUUGGACCCCCAGGUCCAAAAGGCCAGAAAGGAGAGAAGGGACUUAAGGGGGAACGUGGGGACCAAGGAACAAGUGGAGCCCCAGGAUACCCGGGAAAACCCGGAGAACCAGGUGGCCUUGGUCCUAAGGGGGAGAGAGGAAACAUCGGACUGACAGGAGUGAAGGGGCAAAAAGGCUCCAAAGGGGACACGUGUGCAAAUGGUACCCAAGGAGAUAAAGGAGACCAGGGGGCUGCGGGCUCACCUGGCUUGAAUGGAGAGCCUGGGGCCAAGGGAGAGAAAGGGGAGAUGGGGGAAAAGGGCUGCUGUGGGGAGUCUGGGCAGAGGGGAGGGAAGGGAGAAAAAGGUGAGGAGGGUCUGAAAGGGGAAAAAGGUAGCAAAGGAGAUACUGGAACGGAAGGCAAAAGCGGCCCAGAUGGCCUGCCUGGGGCCCCAGGGGAUCCAGGAGUUAAAGGAGAAAAGGGAGAGUUAGGUCCUCCUGGUCUUGCGGGGCCUGUGGGGCCAAAAGGUGAGGUUGGGAGCAAAGGGGUCCGGGGAUCUAUUGGCAAGAAGGGCUCUCGGGGCUUCAAAGGCUCCAAGGGGGAGGUGGCCAGAGUGCUGCGGUCAGCCUUCAGCGCCACUUUAUCGAAGCCUUUCCCUCCUCCCAACAUCCCAAUCAAAUUUGACAAGGUUCUCUAUAAUGACCAAGGGAAUUACAGCCCUGUCACUGGCAAAUUUAACUGUAGUGUUCCUGGCGCAUAUGUAUUUUCCUACCAUGUCACUGUGAGAGGCAGACCCGCUCGCAUCAGCCUGGUGGCCCAGAAUAAGAAGCAGUUCAAGUCCAGAGAAACGCUCUAUGGCCAUGAAAUAGACCAGGCCUCUCUUCUUAUCAUCCUGAAAUUAAGUGCAGGGGACCAAGUCUGGUUGGAAGUUUCGAAAGAUUGGAAUGGGGUCUAUGUCAGCCCUGAGGAUGAUAGCAUUUUUACUGGGUUCCUUUUGUACCCAGAGGAAAAUUCUGGAAUUUCACCAUAA